CUCAUUCAGCCGAGCGAAGCGAGGCAGGUGGAUGUUGAUUGACAAAAUGAUCAACAAUGGUUUGGACGAAGAAGAUAUUGUUGUAACAGGAGUGUUGAUCGAAGGUUUCAUGUGCACUGUUUUCGUAAUGGAUCUGGUAUAUCAAGCUACAUACCGUAUGAUCCCCAUUGCUAUCUUUUACCUGCCACUAAGCAGACACGAUUUCAGUGUUCUUCCGCUAGCAUAUGAAUCUCUCCUAGAAGUUCGUCAUCUCAUGGUAUCAAGUGCUCAAAAAUGCUUUGCAUUUUAUAGAAAGAAAGAUAGAAAAACAAUCUACAAUUGUAUGCUGUAGAAUCCAUCACUACUCUAAGAUCGCAAGCGUCUUCGGAAGCAAGUAGCUCCAAGUCUACCAGUUCAAGCUAGUAGUUUGUUUCAUCCAUAUUCCUAUAUACCGCCAUGUCAUCAUUAUACCAAUACCUUCUGUCGUAAUUUUUUUAUAAUUGAAUUUUUUUUUUGGAAUGA